AUGUCGGGGCAUUCAGAAGACUCCAAGGCAGGAUCAGCGGCACCCGCCUACGAUGAGAUUCUACCCUCUCGCACAGGCCAAGAUGUUCGUCACGCUUCGUCUCGAAUGCCUUGGUGGAACCCUAGGUACUGGGGGAAGAUCAUCUGGGCUGUUGUUAUUCUGGCCUUCGUCGUUAUGUUGAUCAUCGUCAUCGCUGUUUCGGUCACGAAAGUGAAGGAGAAUAGAUAUCCCGAUUACUCGCCGUUGUCAUAUAGCCUGGCCGAUACAUAUGGAGGAGAAUCCUUCUACGAUCAGUUCGACUACUUCACAGGAUACGACCCCACCCAAGGCUUCGUUCAUUACGUCCCACGGGAACAAGCGCAAUCUCUUAACUUGACUUCUGCUACUGCUGAUUCUGCGUUCCUAAGAGUCGACACUUCUGUUGGCCCCAACGACGAGCCUAAUGCUUCAACAGGCCGUUUCUCGGUCCGAGUCGUGUCAAAAAAGACAUACGACAGCGGCUUGUUCAUAUUUGAUGUCAAGCAUACUCCUGACGGCUGUGGUACUUGGCCUGCUUUGUGGCUAACUGAUCCUUCGAACUGGCCAGAAAACGGCGAAAUUGACAUCAUGGAAGCAACAAACAAGGCGGAAAAUGGAAACCAGAUGACGCUCCACACUACUAAAGGUUGUUCCAUGGACGUGCGUCGUAAAAAUACAGGCGAAACUCUGCGGAAGGACUGUAAUCACGAACUGAACGACAACGAUGGCUGCGGUGUUAAGUCGGACGCUGAUGGAUACGGCACUGGCUUCAACAAAAACGGGGGAGGUAUCAUGGCUGUGGAAUGGCGAAAGGAAGGUAUUCGCAUGUGGCAGUUUGCCAGGAACUCAAUUCCUUCAGACAUCAAGUCAAACAAACCCGCACCUAGCACUUGGGGUAUUGCCGUCGCCGACUUUCCCAACACGGACUGUGACAUUGGCUCUCACUUCAAGAACCAAAGUAUCAUUGCCAACAUCGACCUGUGCGGCAGUCUGGUGUACAAUGUUUGGGAUAAAACCGGGUGUCCUGGUAACUGCAAGAGCCUCGUUGCGGACAAUCCUGAAGCAUUCAAGAAUGCCUACUGGGAGUUUGGUUCUUUCCAAGUGUACCAAGCAAAGUAA